AUGGGGGCCUUUCAGGAGGAGAUGGCACAACUCCACGCUAGGCAGGAGGAGUUUGCUAAAGAGAUGGCCAGGCAAAGAGCUGUGUUAGAGCAGCAAAGGCGUGAUAUGGAGGCCAGGAGUGAGGAGCUUAAACAACAACAGGAGGAGGUCAAUCGGAAACAUCGUGAAGCAACGCUUACUUUGGAGGCAGCUACCCAAAAAGAUAAAGAAAACUUGCAAGAAUGUCCAACAUGUGGAACUUCACGUUGGAUGUCAGAUAAGCUGACUAAAAAGGUUCGACAUGGUGUCCCAGCAAAAGUUUUGAGGUACUUUCCUAUAAUCCCUAGGUUGAAACGGAUGUUCAUGUCUAAAAGAAUUUCAAAGGAAUUAAGAUGGCAUCACAACAAUAAAAGUUGCGAUGGAAAAAUGCGUCACCCAGUGGAUUCAGCAGCAUGGGAGCUAGUCAAUGAUAAAUGGCCAUCAUUUUCAAAUGAAGAGAGAAAUAUUAGACUUGGCCUUUCCACAGAUGGAUUUAACCCAUUUAAGUGGCUAAAACAUAGUGGGAAGUUUUCAUAUCGAGGUCAUCGGAAAUUUCUUAAAGAAGACCAUCCAUUUCGGAGUAAAAGAAGUUGGUUUGAUGGAGAAGUUGAGCAUGGAAAUCCCCCAAGAAUCAUGAAUGGGACUACAAUUGCUGAACACCUUAAAGAUUUUGUGAAUGCUUGGGGAAAAUCCACUUCAAAGAAAAGGAAACAAAAUGAUUCAAAAGAAAUGUGGAAAAAACGAUCCAUAUUUUUUCAGUUACCUUAUUGGAAGAAAAAUGUUUGUGAAAGCAUCUGUAAUACAUUGCUAGAUGUUGCUGGAAAAAGUAAAGAUGGACUAAAAGCUUGCUUGGAUUUGCAACAUAUGGGUAUUAGGAGUGCAUUACACCCACAAGAGAAGGGGACUAGAACCUACCUUCCUGCAGCUUUACACACACUAUCAAAGCUUGAGAAAGAAUUAUUUUGUAAAAGGUUGUUCUCAUUGAAAGUACCUGAUGGAUAUAGUUCAAAUAUUCGAAAUUGUGUUUCAAUGGAACAAUGCAAGCUCAUGGGCCUUAAGUCACACGAUUGCCACAUUUUGAUGCAACAAUUACUACCGGUGGCUAUAAAAGGAUUGAUGCCAUUGGGUCCAAGAGAUGCUAUAAUAAGAUUAUGCACGUUCUUUAACCGAAUAUGUCAACGUGUUCUUGAUAGAGAAAGCAUAAUGACAUUAGAAAAUGAUGUUAUUGAAACUUUAUGCUUACUAGAGAGAUUCUUUCCACCAUCUUUUUUUGAUGUCAUGAUUCACUUAGUGGUUCAUAUCGGACGAGAAGCACGACUAUUUUAUGUGAACAUUCUAUUAAUGAUGAGCAAUUGUGUGAUUAAUAGACGCAUGAAGAUAUUGAAAGAUUAUGUCAGAAAUCGAGCAAGGCCUGAAGGUUGUAUUGCAGAGUGUUAUCUUGCAGAUGAGUGUGUGAGCUUUUGUAAUGAAUUCACUGACCAUUCAAUUGAACUAAACACAAAAGAAGGUCGAAAUGAAGAGUGGUCAAAUGAUGUGAUACUUGAAGGUCGUCCAAUUUCUAGGAGGAAAGAAAUUAUAUUGACAGAUGAGUUGUUAGAAAUUGCACAUCGAUACAUUAUGUUAAAUACAUCUGUUGUGGAGCCUUUUCUAGAGUAA